CAGCCUUCGCCGCCGCCGCUGCCGCCUCCCUGCUCCUCCUCCUCCUCCUUUUCCCAACCCGCCGCGGCCAUGGCGGACAGCGCCAGCGAAAGCGACACGGACGGGGCGGGGGGCAGCAGCAGCAGCUCGGCCGCCAUGCAGUCGUCCUGCUCGUCGACCUCGGGCGGCGGCGGCGGCAGUGGCGGCGGGGGAGGCGGCGGCGGUGGGAAGUCCGGGGGUAUUGUCAUCUCGCCGUUCCGCCUGGAGGAGCUCACCAACCGCCUGGCCUCUCUGCAGCAGGAGAACAAGGUGCUGAAGAUCGAGCUGGAGACCUACAAACUCAAGUGCAAGGCGCUGCAGGAGGAGAACCGCGACCUGCGCAAAGCCAGCGUGACCAUCCAAGCCAGGGCUGAGCAGGAAGAAGAAUUCAUCAGUAACACUUUAUUCAAGAAGAUUCAGGCUUUGCAGAAGGAGAAAGAAACCCUUGCUGUAAAUUACGAGAAGGAAGAAGAAUUCCUCACUAAUGAGCUCUCCAGAAAAUUGAUGCAGUUGCAGCAUGAGAAAGCUGAACUAGAACAGCAUCUAGAACAGGAGCAGGAAUUUCAGGUGAACAAACUGAUGAAGAAAAUUAAAAAACUGGAGAACGAUACCAUCUCUAAGCAGCUUACGUUAGAGCAGUUGAGACGAGAGAAGAUCGACCUUGAAAAUACAUUGGAACAAGAACAAGAAGCACUUGUUAAUCGUCUUUGGAAAAGGAUGGAUAAACUUGAAGCUGAAAAGCGAAUCCUGCAGGAGAAAUUAGACCAGCCCGUCUCGGCCCCACCAUCACCUAGAGAUAUCUCUAUGGAGAGUGACUCUCCAGAAAACAUGAUGCGCCACAUCAGGUUUUUAAAGAAUGAAGUGGAGAGGCUGAAGAAGCAACUGAGAGCUGCUCAGUUACAGCAUUCGGAGAAAAUGGCACAGUAUCUGGAGGAGGAACGUCACAUGAGGGAAGAGAACCUGAGGCUGCAGAGGAAGCUGCAGAGGGAGAUGGAGAGAAGAGAAGCCCUCUGUCGACAGCUGUCUGAGAGUGAAUCCAGCUUAGAAAUGGACGAUGAAAGGUAUUUUAACGAGAUGUCUGCACAAGGUUUGCGACCUCGUACUGUGUCCAGCCCAAUCCCUUAUACACCUUCUCCGAGUUCAAGCAGGCCUAUCUCACCUGGUCUGUCAUAUGCAAGUCACACGGUUGGUUUCACACCACCAGCUUCACUGACUAGAGCCGGAAUGUCUUACUACAAUUCCCCGGGUCUUCACGUGCAGCAUAUGGGAGGCAUCACGAGGCCUUCGCCACGGAGAAGCAACAGUCCUGACAAAUUCAAACGGCCCACUCCGCCUCCAUCUCCCAACACACAGACCCCCGUCCAGCCACCUCCUCCUCCACCCCCGCCACCCGUGCAGCCCGCCGUCCCCUCGGCAGCCACCUUGCCGCCCGCCCCUGUGCAGCAUUCGAUGCAUCCCUCCUCCCAGCCUUAAAGCAUGUGCUUAGUCUAAAUUUCAGUUGGGACUCGUAAAAUGGAGCCGUCUACUCAACGCCAAAGGCUUCCUUCCCUGGCAUAUUUGGAUUUGACUUACUUGCACUGAGGUUAUCUAGGCUUCUAUUUCUUGUGUUGUAAAUGUUUGUCGGAAACGCAGCCAGUGUUGUGGGUCUACAACACUAACCAGACGACUUUUUCCAUCAGUGUUUUACUUGAAUCUACAUGUGCGUCCAUUCCCUGGCUGGAACAUUUGCUAUCUGGUAAUUCAGUAGCAGUGUGCAAUUUUUGCUUGGCCCCAGAGCUUCAUUUUCCUGGCUUUUAGGUUUGUAAAAUAAAAAGGGAUUAUCUUUUUUUUAUAUUUUUUUUCCCAUGAAUUUGCAGAAAAUUACUGAGCUGUUAUCCCACCCUCCAUUGCUAUGGUGUUUACCAAACAUUCAGUAAUUCAGCACUACAGUUCACACCUUUGAAAAUCUAGCUUUCAGUGUAGAAUGGAAAAGUUAGAUGAAUCAGUGCCCAAGACAUAUAUACUGUUGAAUAGAGCUUUCUACAGAUACACUUUUUACAGGUUAUUUUCAGUAUAUAUCAAACGUCCAUGUUGAAACUCUAGUAAUGGAUUACGUGGCUAUACCUUCUCCACAUACAUGGGACUGAUAAUUAUUGUAUAUUAAGAUGUGGUUCUUUCCUUUAUCCCUAAUGUUAAUCUGGCUGAACUGGUCCCCUCUAACAUGAGUUGUCCUACCCACCACUGGUUCUGAUGGCUGAUUAGAAUGUGCUAUUUUACUUCUGAUGCAGAAGGCAAUGUGAUUGUAACAAAAACAGCUAUUCUCCCCUUCUGUUCUUUAUUUGUGUUUCUCUAAAAUAGAGUUUGAGCAAAUAUUUUAAAGAUGCAAAAAUAAUACUAGAAAAUACCAUUUGAAAUGAACAUUAUAGGAAUAUCUUGGCAUAAUGGCCAUAAAAUACUGUAUUGCUUGGCAGAAAAAAAAAGGGGGUGUAGAGGAAAGUAGCACAUUAGAAUUGGUAAAUGUUUAUUUUGCCCAGUAUAA